AUGACAACUCAGGCAUUCGUUGUUGGUGUCGGGAUGACACCAUUCAACUCCCCUAAGACAUCUGCUUCUAUUGCGACAAACCCUGGCUCAGAUUAUCUUGAUCUUGGGGUUGAGGCAGCUGUGAAGGCUCUUCUUGACGCUGGAAUCAACUACGACCAAGUGGACCAAGGAAUCGGCUGCUAUGUCUUUGGAGACUCUACCUGCGCCCAGAGAGUCUUCUACGGCCUUGGAAUGACCGGAAUCCCAAUUUUCAACGUCAACAACUACUGCAGCUCUGGCAGCACAGGCUUGUGGCUGGCUAACCAAGCCAUUAGAUCGGGAAUGGCUGACUGUGUUCUUGUCGUCGGGUUUGACAAGAUGUACCCUGGGCCACUACCGCAAGUCUUUGAAGACAGGACGAAUCCUUUAUCACGAAUCCUGGACCUUUCGAAGACGCAGAUUCCGGUACAAGACCGAGGAAAGCGGUCUCCUGGAUGGACGCCGCAACUCUAUGCCAAUGCCCAAGCCGAAUACUUGCAGAAGUAUGCACCAUUUGGAGCAGAAAAGAGAGACUUCGCAAACAUUACCUCCAUAAACCGGUCACACGGGGCGAGGAACCCGUACAGUCAGUUGUCUAAAGAAGUCACUGCAGAAGACGUAUUAACCAGUCCCACUGUUUCUGGAGACAUAACUCGGUUACAGUGCUGCCCGUCGUCAACUGGAGCGGCUGCGGCUGUCAUUGUAUCGGAAAGAUUCUUAAAGACCCACCCCUUUUUGAAGUCGGGUGCAAUACGGAUUGCGGGGCAAGCACUCGUUACAGAUGCCUCACAUUUGUAUGAAUCGGCUAGUGCUAUUGAGCUGAUAGGGUCAGACAUGACGCGCAAGGCUGCAGCCCAGGCGUACGAACAAGCCGGGAUCACAGCGGAGGACGCCACUGUGAUAGAGCUUCAUGACUGCUUCACCACGAAUGAGAUGUGCGCUUUGGAAGGGUUAGGACUUGCAGACGAAGGAAUGGGCUGGAGGUUGGUCAGAGAUGGUGGAAUUUCCUACGCUGCAGAUGGUCGUGCGUCUCCGGGUGGGAAGCGGUGGAUCGUCAACCCAAGUGGCGGACUGAUCUCGAAGGGGCAUCCACUUGGUGCGACAGGCUUGGCCCAGUGCGCCGAACUCGUCUGGCAUUUGCGUGGAUGGGCUGCCUCGCGAUCAGCGCCUGGUACUAAAUACUGCGUUCAACAUAACAUGGGAUUGGGUGGUGCUACUGUGGUCACCAUCUACAAGCGGUUCGAUAAUCAAGUAGCCCCCGGACUGAACAACAUCAAGCCAGAAGAUGAUGGACGUGGGCGUCUCGGCUACAACCCUGCUGAAGUGGCUCGCUCAAUACGUCGCGUGGAUUGGGAAAGUGUCAGGUCUCGAAACAAAGGUCACUCUGCAUGGGCAACAUCUCUACUUCCAUGGAAUCAAAAUCCCGGGACCUACGAGGACAGGGCAAAGUUGUGA